CCUUUCCUUUUGCUAAUCUCACACUCCUCCUCUUCCAUCUCUCGCAAUCACUCACUCACUCUCUUUCUUUCUUUCUUCUAUUGCUAUGUUUCACCAAUUUCACUGUUGAUGAAAAUGAAAAGAAUAUCACUAUCUUCAUCAAAACGUGCACCAGCUACUAAUAAUAAUAACAAUUAUUACAUGAUGGUUAAGGAAAGUAGUAUUAGUAUAGAUUGGGAGGUGAGGCCUGGUGGAAUGCUUGUUCAGAAGAGACAAGAAAAAAUUGUUGACUCUUCUUCUUCUUCUUCUUGUUCAAGUCCAAUGAUCAAAGUUAAGGUCUCUCAUGGUUGUAAUCACCAUGAGGUUAAUGUUCCUUCACAAUCCACUUUUGGGCAUUUAAAAGGUGUCCUUGCAUCUGAGACUGGCCUAGAACCUAAGGAACAAAGGCUAAUAUACAUAUUGUUAGAGGAUCCAGCCAGCACAGAAAGGAAGCUUCAGGAGAUGCAGAGAAGGCAAGAAGAUAUAAUAAUUGCAAAGGCAAUUGAAUCAGUCUCCAAUGUCAGAACACAAGUGGACAAGCUACAACAAAAGGUGGUUGAUUUGGAGAGGACUGUUUGUGGUGGUAUUAAAGUUGAGGACAAAGAGUUUGUUGUCUUGACAGAGCUACUAAUAGUUCAAUUGCUUGAGUUGGAUUCCAUUGCUGCUGAUGGAGAAGCUAAAGUACAGAGAAGAAUUGAGGUUCAGCGUGUACAAAGUUAUGUGGACAAAAUUGACAAAAUAAAAGCAAGAAAUUCUGCUCCUUUAGGCAAUGAUGCUAACAACAAUGCGGUGUCAGUGACCACCAAAUGGGAGCCAUUUGAAUCAGGAAUUGGAAGCUUCACGUCACCAACUCCAUUCAAAUUAUCAACUACUAUCAUCACUCAAAAUUGGGAAUUGUUUGAGUGAUAAACAAUUGUCCUUUCUAAGUUGUUU